AUGGGAAAGACCAGAACACCAUCUCGAAACGCAUCACCUCGACCUAAACCGUAUGAAGAGUGUUCAAGCACCAGUGGGCCUAAAAUCUCCGAGCCAACUGAACUAAAGAUUUUUUGUAUUGUUGAGGGAGAAGCAACGUCUUUUCCUGUAAACACUCUUUCCAAUCGUUCGGUCGGCGAACUCCAGCAAGCCAUCAAGGCAGCGAAGAAGCCAGAAAUCGAUAUGUUUGCCGCAGACAAGCUCACCCUCUACAAGGUUUCCAUCCUGACGAAGGCAAGACCAUCGUCGAGUCAGAAAUCGAGUCAAAAGAGGCUCUCGCAAUCGCGUCAAAGAAGCUUGGGAACAUAUUUAAUUCUAAACUUCCAGAUGAAACUAUCCAUAUUUUUGUCAAGCUCCGCGCAAGAGUCAUCGGAACAGAUUCUCAAGAGAAAAAUGGAUGAAGAUCCACGGUAUAUUUCACCUUCAAAGAAGAUGCGCAUUGAGGAAGGGUGGAGAGAAUACAGGGCUUCUGAUGGCAAAAUGGUCACGUUACCCCUCUUGGAUCGCAAUGCUGGAGAAUCCUGA